GGGCUGGGCUGCACAUCUCCCAUGGCUCCUGCGGCUUCUCCAGCCUCCCUUCCUCUGUGUGUGUGUCUGCUGCUGGCCUCUGGCUUUGCCCAGGCAGGCAGGCUGCUGGUGGUCCCCAUGGAUGGGAGCCACUGGUUCACCAUGCAGACAGUUGUGGAGAAACUCAGCCACAGAGGGCAUGAGGUGGUGGUACUUGUGCCAGAGGUGAGUUGGCAACUGGGAAAAUCCCUGAAUUUGACAAUGAAAACUUACUCUGUUUCUUAUACUCUGGACGAUUUGAACCACCACUUCAAGUUUUUUGCUCACAACCAAUGGAAAACUCAAGAAGUAGGAAUGUUUUCUCUGCUCAAGAAUUCAGGCAAAGGGUUCUUUGAAUUACUGUUUUCACACUGUAGGAGUCUGUUUAAAGAUAAGAAGUUAGUGGAGUACUUGAAGCAGAGUUCUUUUGAUGCUGUGUUUCUGGAUCCUUUCGAUGUGUGCGGCUUAACUGUUGCCAAGUACUUGUCACUCCCGUCUGUGGUCUCCAGCAGAGGAAUCUUUUGUCACUAUCUUGAAGAGGGUGCCCAGUGCCCCAGCCCUCCUUCUUAUGUUCCCAGAAUUCUCUCGAAAUUCACAGACACCAUGACUUUCACGGAGAGAUUGUGGAACUAUCUAACCUACGCGAAGGAGCAUGCAUUUUGUCCAUAUUUUUUCAAAGCUGCUACAGAAAUUGCCUCUGAAGUUCUCCAGACCCCAGUGACCAUGAAUGACCUCUUCAACCAAGUUUCUAUUUGGUUGUUCCACACUGAUUUCGUGUUGAAUUUCCCCAGACCUGUGAUGCCCAACAUGGUCUUCGUUGGUGGGAUCAACUGUCACAAGGGAAAGCCACUUUCCAAGGUCAGCAAAUCUGAGGCCACACGGUAUUUGGAAGUGGAACAAGAAUUCUACUGCACAUGCGCCUAG